AUGUCCAACCAAGGUCCGCGGCUCUCCCCCGACCAACAAUCGGCCCGUGGCGGCAGUUGGGAGGCCUUCCGGACGCUGAGAACCCCUCACCGGCCCAGCAGUCUUGCUGCAAACGAGUCGCUCUCCGCCGCAGCCAAGGUUGCAGCACCGAAUGGCGACUCUGUCAAGCAGACUGGAGAAUAUCCGAUCACCUGUCCGAUCUGCGGGGGAGAAUAUGGGGAUUGCCUCACACCGGCACGCAGAUGUCAUCUCCGGCUCAUGUUCGGCUCUCUUUUGCUGGAGAUCCGAGAGGGGACGUCUUCGCUGGAGAGCCCGAAUGGCCGAAGGGAUGCCGGUCCGGUUCUAGGUCUGUCCUGGACGAAUAACGAAGCAAAAUAA